CUGCCGAGCUCCGCAAUGUCCGGCGCGGCCGGGGCUUCACCGUCGCUGGUGCAGGAAUCUCCCAGCUCCUCGUCAAGGAAAAAGGAAACCAAAGCUUCCAACUCUUUAGCUAGGAAAGCUCAGUUAACUGCUCUGGGCAAUGCUGGACAAGGGUUUACACCACAUGUUAUUACAGUUUCAGCUGGAGAGGAUCUGGUCAACAAACUUGUUUCGGUCAUGCAACAAGGGAAGAGGGCAGUUUGUGUUCUUUCUGCCACUGGUUCUAUUUUAAAUCCAUCCUUCCGCCAGCCAGCUUCGUCAAGUUCCAAUGAUACAUAUGAUGGCAUGUUUGAUAUCAUUUCCCUUUCUGGUGCACUUACAUAUGCAAAAGAUGGCGGUACAGUUUCAAGAACUGGAGGACUAGGUAUAUGCCUUUCUGGUGUGGAUGGCCGUAUUGUAGGUGGUGGUGUUGAGGGACCUUUAAUUGCUGCUGGUCCUGUUCAGGUGAUUGCAGGCUCCUUUUUGAUAGAUAUUGACAGGAACUUCAGUGCCUCUAGAAAAGAAGAUGAUUGCACAAACAAACUAUCAACUGAAGCAGCAGCCCGCGCGACAUUUCCCUCUUUUGUUCACGUGGAAUCGAACUUAGGGUCUCUUAGAAGGGUAACUUCAUCUCGUGGAAGUGAAAAUUAUCAACGCAUGGGUGAAAGUUAUCACUUGUUUCCCUCACGGCCCCUGUUUCCCUCACCUGACUGGGACGGGCCAGCAAAUCCGUAGAACUACCGGAUUAUGCCAAUCUUUGGAUGACGAAGAUACUCAGGACUAGUGUUUGUUUGCUUUUUGUAGUCUUGCAUCUUUUGAAAUCCAUUAGCUUGAUUUUGCCUAAUGAAGGCUAAAUGUACAUAGAAAGCCUCGUUUUGCCUUAUCAAAUUGUAGCCCGGUCUUUCUAUGUAGCAAUCUAAUUGUGCAGGUGUUUUUAUCCUUUUGUUGUGCUGAACUGCUAAUUGCAGCUAUUUAAUAACAACACUUAAUUUUGAUGCUCUUCUUUGUGAGAGCAAUAUAUUUUUUUGCAUGCUGUAAUUUUUGGGAUCAUACAGGAAUAACCAUGGAUGGCAACUACAUAUUUGAGGCGACUUAAAUGGAUGGAAUCAUUUUUAUUUGAUUUGUUGAAUGGAAUUAAUGACAAAAAUAGCUCAACAUA